AUGUUGCUGGGACCAUCGCAAAAAGAGCGCUUGGAGAAGGAGGGGAAAGUCACUGUCAUGGAGGAUAUCACGGAGUGGGAUUGUGGAGAUUACGAGGGUUUGAAGCCGAAUGAGAUACAUGAAAACAGAGAAAAGAGGGGUUUGCCUAAAUGGGAUAUUUGGACGCAGGGUUGUGUGGGCGGGGAGUCAGCCGAAGCAGUGCAACAGCGUCUCGAUAGACUCAUCGGGGAAAUAUGUAAAAUGCAAAUUCCACACAUAGACGGCAAAAGCAGACAGUCUUCAAAUGUCCUGAUUGUCGCUCACGGUCAUAUCCUACGCGCAUUUACCAAGAGGUGGCUUCUUUACGCCAUGGACUUCCCAUUUAUAAUGAUGAUGGAGCUAGGUGCCAUUGGUAUCUUGAGUUAUGCUCACCAUAAUGUCAAGGAUCCUGCUAUUCUAGUUGGCAUGGCCUUUCCUCAGGCAAAGUAG